GUGUUACGUCAGAUCAUCUUUUCCGGAAACGGCGACGACGGCAGAAAGAACCGAGGGGCUGUCGUUGGUGGGCGCGCCUGGAAUCCGAGUGAGGAGAGUGUGACCCGGAAGCGGAAGCGGAUUCCCGUCCCAGCUCCGGCUUCACACUUGGCACAGGCCCACUGGUGGGCUCCUGCUACCAUGGACCUGUUGUUUGGGCGCCGGAAGACACCAGAGGAACUGCUGAGGCAGAACCAGCGGGCCCUGAACCGUGCCAUGCGAGAGUUGGACCGUGAACGACAGAAGCUAGAGACCCAGGAGAAGAAAAUCAUUGCAGACAUCAAGAAGAUGGCCAAGCAGGGCCAGAUGGAUGCCGUGCGAAUCAUGGCAAAAGACUUGGUGCGCACUCGGCGUUAUGUGCGCAAAUUUGUGUUGAUGAGGGCCAACAUCCAGGCUGUGUCCCUGAAGAUCCAGACACUGAAGUCUAACAACUCAAUGGCACAAGCUAUGAAGGGGGUCACCAAAGCCAUGGGCACCAUGAACAGACAGCUGAAGUUGCCUCAAAUCCAGAAGAUCAUGAUGGAAUUUGAGCGGCAGGCCGAGAUCAUGGACAUGAAGGAGGAGAUGAUGAAUGAUGCAAUUGAUGAUGCCAUGGGGGAUGAGGAAGAUGAAGAGGAGAGUGACGCCGUUGUGUCCCAGGUCCUGGAUGAGCUAGGAUUGAGCCUGACAGAUGAGCUGUCAAACCUCCCCUCUACUGGAGGCUCACUCAGUGUGGCUGCCAGUGGGAAGAAAGCAGAAGCUGCAGCCUCAGCCCUAGUAGAUGCCGACGCAGACCUGGAGGAGCGGCUCAAGAAUCUGCGGAGGGACUGACCACCUUAUACCACCCUGGUGGGAGGCAGGCAGUAGAUGCCCGGCAGUUUUACUGUACUUCAUCUGUAAUAAAGGAUUGGACACUAA